AGGCGAUGCUGUCCAUGCUUAGUCCAUGUGCGGCUGGCACAGAGGGUUCUGGGAUAGAGGAUUUUGGGGCGUGGCGUGCAUCGAAGAGCCCCCGCUAAGAAGAUCAACGUGUUUGUUUUGUUCCAGUUUUUGCUCGUGGCCGGGAGGACAUCAAACACGCGUCUUAUUGUCAUCUUUAGGAACAAGAACAAGCUCCUCUUUUUACUGCCGGGCACACAAUCUCCAGUACACAGAGAUCCUGUUUUUUGCUUUGUUUUGUACUUUGUUGCCCCCUCAAUCCUUCCGCCUCUCUCCAUCAUCUCUGUCAUUUUGCUGGAAUAAAGCUUUUUUAGACAGACACCAGGACCUCUGUGGCCUGCUGGGAUUUUUGCACUGUCAGAGUUGUUUGGAGUGCUCUUAUUUCAGAGGAGAGAUAACAAACACACACACACACAGACUCACGUUGUGGCUCAACCAUUCCUGUAGAAAUGCAAGGAGUAGGGAACAGGUUUUUCUUCCUCUCUAUUUACAGACAGAGCACAUGAGAGAGAGAGAGAGAGAGAGAGAGAGAGGGAGAGAGAGAGGGAGGGAGUGCAUCAGUGCGUGUGGCGAUUUAGCCACAGGAAAGCUCAGCAGGAACUUGCUCGCACACUCGAGUUACGGGGGGCAGACACACUCCUUCUCUCCUAUGCAUGCUGUUUUCUGCCUUUCGUCAUUGACUGGAGAUCUGACCGUAGCGUGCUGCUGCAGAACCGGCCGAGAGAGAAGCACUGCAGCCGGCAAGCAUGCAUCUGGUCGUAGACUCCUGUCAGGACGUUGUGCUGAAGAUGAUGCCGUACUUCGUGGAUAAUGCGUUUGUCACGCAGAGCCAGAUCUACCAUAUUCUAAGCGAGAGUUUCUUCAUGGUGAAGGGGGCUGCUCUGUUUCUUCAGCAGGGAAGUUGUCCACAGGGUCAGAGAGGUCACCCGCAUCACAAACAUGCAGGUGACUUACCUCAGCAUUUGCAGGUGAUGAUCAACAUUCUUCGCUCUGAGGAUCGGAUCAAACUGGCGGUGCGUUUGGAGAGCGCGUGGUCGGAUCGUGUGCGAUAUAUGGUGGUGGUCUACACCAGCGGUCGACAGGACACAGAAGAACACAUACUGCUGGGCAUGGACUUCAGCAACAAAGACAGUAAGAACUGUUCCAUUGGGAUGGUGCUGCCCCUGUGGAGUGAUACCAAGAUUCAUUUAGAUGGAGAUGGCGGCUUCAGUGUGACUACGGCGGGGCGCACGCACAUCUUCAAGCCCGUGUCAGUCCAGGCCAUGUGGUCGGCACUACAGAUCCUACACAAGGCGUGUGAGGUAUCACGCAGGUUUAACUACUUUCCCGGUGGCAUGACCCUCACGUGGAUGGGCUACUAUGAGAGCUGUAUCGGCUCCGACCAGAGCUGCGUCAACGAGUGGAACGCCAUGCAAGACCUGGAAACAUUACGACCGGAUUCUCCCGCAGUCUUCGUAGACAAGCCGACGGAGAGAGAAAGAACCGAAUGCUUAAUCAAAACCAAACUCAGGAGCAUCAUGAUGUGCCAGGACCUGGAAAACAUCACGUCCAAAGAGAUUCGUAAUGAGCUGGAGCAGCUGAUGAACCGUAAUCUGAAGGAGUAUAAAGAGUUCAUAGACAACGAGAUGCUGCUUAUCCUUGGCCAGAUGGACAAAGCCACUCUCAUCUUUGACCAUCUUUAUCUGGGCUCUGAAUGGAAUGCUUCCAAUCUAGAGGAACUACAGGAAACUGGGGUGGGCUAUAUCCUAAAUGUUACGAGGGAAAUAGAUAACUUCUUUCCGGGUACAUUCUGCUACCAUAACGUCCGAGUGUACGACGACGAGGCCACAGAUUUGCUGGCACACUGGAAUGAUACCUACAACUUCAUUAUCAAAGCAAAGAAGAAUCAGUCCAAAUGUUUGGUUCACUGUAAGAUGGGUGUAAGCCGCUCGGCCUCCACAGUUAUAGCCUAUGCUAUGAAAGAAUACGGCUGGUCUUUGGAGAAGGCUUAUAACUUUGUCAAACAGAAGCGCAGUAUCACUCGCCCCAACGCCAGCUUCAUGAGACAGAUGGCGGAGUAUGAGGGCAUACUGGAUGCCAGUAAACAGCGGCAUAACCGUCUCUGGCAUCCUGAUUCAGAAUGUGAUCACCCCGACUGCCAGCAGGCCACUGCCCCAUGCUGUUCAAACGCUGAGGGCAUCACCCACAACCCCACAACUCCUGGAAUAACAGUUUGCUGUGAGCCCACGGCCCACUCGUCUCCGAUUAGCCUGGAUCUGGACCCCGCCCACCCACAAAACUUCCACUACUACUUCCGCUGUCUGUCCGACUCCGCCCUCGACAGCGAACCAUCAACUCCAAUCCAUGCACCACCUUUGGUAGAUGUGAAUCGUGUGUACAUCGAGGUUGCAGAUGUGGAGAAAGAUGCGCUUCUUGAUGAAAAUCUUCCUUUACCCCACUUUUCCGUUCCUGGGGACGGUACGGCCGCUCAGACGUGUUCCCGAGGGGCGGAGCCUCUGGAGGAACUGCGUUUGCGGUUGGAGUUCAGCACGGUGCAGGAGGAGGAUGAGGAGGUAGCUCAGAAGGAGCUAGAGGAGAUGGAGUCGUUAGCAGAAGGAGCAAAGAGAGGAGGAGGAAAAGAAAACGAAAAGCCGUCGGAUGAAAGAGGGAUCGAUCUGGCGAGCCUGAACCAUAUGUGCAAUGAGAAUUCCAACAACAACAAUCACCUCAGAACACAACACAAUCUCACUGAAAGUGCCCAUCUGAAGCUGAAUGCUAAGGCUAGGCCUGGUCCUGGUCCUGGCUCGCCGUUCAUUUCCAAGCCCACCCAGAGUGCUCUGUUAGAGGCUAACAGACAAGGCCUUGCCCCUUUACCCCUCCACAGCGUGCCCAGUAUCUCCAUUCAAACACCACCCUGUGCCAACUCUGUGACAGCCAAGUGUGGCAAGCUUGCCUCUGAUGUGUGCCUUGAUGCCAAUGCAAUGCCCUUUGGAAAUACUGACAAACCAGAAAGCAAAUCCCUUGACCAGGAUAAUGGGACAUCGCUGCUGGAGAACAAGGUGGAAGGAGAUGUAAUGCAAAGAGAGACUGAUGCAAAGGGUUCCGAGAAUGAGAGAGAUGUCAAAAGUUUGGAGUCUGCCUGCACAUCACAACAACAAGAAACUCUGAAGCAGUUGCAAAGGUCCGGACUGGUUCGCCGUCGCACAGAGCGCUUGGAAAAACUCUCCGGGCUUUUCCAGGAGCGUGCACGUGCCAAUGAGCAACGAGGUGCUUGUUCUAGCAAAUCUGAGGAUGCAACCAACAAUUCGAUUGAUACGGACCCAUACCAGAGGUGUUUCGGAACACGGACAGAUUUCUCUACUGAAGCGGCAGUGCCAUUGACGAACGAGACCUUGCUGGCCACUUUAGGUUCGGGCGGACUGACGCCCGUCUCGUCCCCGCACGGUUCCACGCUCACCCGCAGCUCCAGUAGCGACAGCAUCCGCAGCGUCCGGGGGAAACCAGGACUCGUGCGUCAACGUGCGCAGGAAAUCGAGGCUCGAAUGCGUCUAGCGGGACUUACCGUACCGUCACGACUUAAGCGUUCCAACUCUCUCGCCAAACUGGGCAGCCUCACGUUCUCCUCGGAGGACUUAUGUUCGGCGUGCUCCUCCGACGCAGGAACGCUACUAAUGCUCUCGCUGUCUCCAGAGCCUGAACGCUCAGUCAGCCCAGACUGGGUCAGACCUUGGCCAUCUUCCCCUCCCUCGACGUCCACCAAUAUGGACCUUUUAAACCAAGGAGAUGCGGGACCUGGGGAGUCUAGGAGCUGACAACAAAAACGUGAGAUUUUAAGUGCGGCGCUACUUUUGGGAUAGAUGUUAAUAUACGUUUUGAACAUUUCAGGCAUUUCAGUCAUCCACUGAAGAUCUGUAAGUGGGAAAAACAGGUUGUAUGAGUUGGGAAAUGUGUCUCAUGCAAAAGAAUAGAAUUUCUUUGAAUUAUGAUUAAAAAAUUCAAUAUUUAAGGAAUAGCUAUCCCACAUUUUCAAGACUGGCUUUCGUUGCAUGGAAUCCAAAUGGACGCGUAUUGCACAUGUUUAUGCAGAAGACAACGGUUCAAAAAGGUUGACGAAGGUUUUUAUUGCUCUUGCUGUCGCUCAUCUCACUGUUCUGGAGACAAAAUAUAUGAUCACAAUCCCAAAUGCUGUUAAAGAAAGAGUCAAAAUAGACCAUUGUGUAAUGUUUCCAGCCCACCCAUUCAUCGCACUGCAAAUCACUUAUUUUGCGGCACAAAAUGAGUCACAGAUUCCUUUGGACAUGGUCACAAAUGUAUAAAGGGGGGUUAUAGUUGUACUCCCGCUGAGCUUUCACAUCCUGACUAUACAGUGAAAGGAAACGCAUUCUCUACUUGACUAGAAAAGUUCUUUAUGUGCUGAUAGACAUCAUGAAUGUGCACGAGAAACCUUGGUUCAUCCUCAUGUUUCUCUUUUAUCAUCCGCAGAACACUGACCGUUUAGACACAGGCUUCAAACCAAUACCUCAUUCUUAUACAGUAAUGUUUGUAGGGCAGAUCAAGGCUUGAAGGGUGUGGGACAGUUUUGGCCCAUGCAGAAAACAAAACACGGUGACUGGCAGCACUUCAGUGUUACUCAGUGAGGUCUGAAGGGUCAUUAAGACCACCAAGAUGAGGGUUAUUUUUAGAUGAUUCAUCUUAUUCUCAAUGAGGGUGGUAUGAAAGACAAUCAUUCAGAAGGGAAGAGAGUCAAGCACCUUGCACACUGAGAUAAAUUUAGCCGCUAUUCACAUUUCACUCAUAGACGUUGCUGUUCCUCUAAAGAGAGCGAUUGACCAGCUAGCUGUAAUUUAGACUUGGCAGAUUUGAGUUUUUAGGAAAAGCAUGGGUUUACUGUUGCAGUUUCUAAUAACAGAAAAUGUCAGUGAGCUUGUACUCAUUUGAUGAAAGUUGGACUUUCCUGUUUUUAGUUUCAGUAGCAGAAGAGCAGGUUUAUGAUUCCAAAUGUGAUACAAAUCAGUUACUUCCACAAUUAAAGAGAGACUGUUACGUUUUUUAACCCUUUACGCUUAUUCAUGCGAUGAGAGGCUUGUGAGGUCAUUUGAAGGAGUGGCACAUUCUUGGAAAGCUGAAAACCAACAGAACAUUUUUGAUGUUAGUCAGCUUGGUCUGUUCCGAAUCUUUGUCAUAGCAAUACUCUGUGAGUUUUCUAUAAGAAUGUAUUGAAAGGUGAAAAGAGCUUAAAAAGACAUUAUAUUACAACCAUAAUGCUGAGCUGAGAUCAGACAACACGACCAGACUCGCUAUAAGUGUGACACUGUUAUUCGUUAUAUUGGGAAUUUCUUUAAGGGAUAGUUCACCCAAAAAUGAAAAUUACUCGCCCUCAAGUUGUUCCAAACCUGUAUCAAUUUCUUUGUUUGGUUGAACACAAAGAAAGAUAUUUGGAAGAAUGUUAGAAACUGACAUUUCUGGGGCACCCUUGACUACCAUAGUAGAAAUAAUUAUUCUAUAAUUUCUUUGUUCUGAUGAAUAUUUUGCAGAAUUUAAAACAGUUCAGGGGCACCUUUGACGACCAUUUUAGUGGAAGCCAAUGGUGCCCCAGAAAUCUCAGUUGCUAACAUUCAUUCAAAUACAUCAACAGAACAAAGGAAUGUAUACAGAUUUGAGUAACUCACAGAAUUUUCAUUUUUGGGUGAACUAUCCCUUUAAAUGUGAGCGUUUGCAUUUGUGGGUGACAAGUCCAUGUCACAAUUCACCAUAAACUAAAAAGUAUUUUGUUUUAAAUACCCAUUUUUUUAUUUGUUAUUGUAGUACAGUAUAUAUUAUAUUACUGUACUAGAAUAAAAAUACUAUUUAUAUGUGCAAUGAUUUAUUUAACGCUUUCAAUGAGAGUUGAGGCGGGCAUGUUCUUGUUACAAAUAAUACCCAUAUGAAUAAUUCUAAUGGUCCAGGCUUUUUAUUUGCUUUAUGCAAAAUAUCAUUUUUCUAUUUCUUUCUGAUUUUGAGGGGAAAUACGACCUGUUUACACUGUGUGUGUCUGAAGACACCUGCCAUACCAAUUGAUGUGAUCACAAAACACACACCCCUGUUAAUACAUCAAUCCAACUAUUCUGGUGUAAAAAAUGCAUCAGCCAACCCCAACUUGCUCUGGAGUACUUGAGGUUUAUUAUGCAGUAUAGUUUUCCUUUAUUUUUUCAAGGUUUUUUUUGUACACUUAUCUAUGCUAUCAUGUCGGAUUUAAGCAACUGAAAUGUGAUUUGUGUGAGUGGUGCUUUGCACAGCGGCUGCACCAUUACUGUGAACUGUUUAUGAACCCUUUCAGAAUGUGUGUGUGCGCUUUAAGACAUGAGCGGGCUCAUAGUACACAUGCAGUCUCCACCUUCACACAAACACACUCGGCAAUACACUGUAUGUAAAUACUGUAUGUUGGUCAUGUAACAGGGUUGCUGGAGUUAAUGGUACUUGUAUCCGAUAGUCAAUAGUUAACUUGAAACAUUUCCUCAUACUGUAGUUGUGCUUGCAAGUUGAAUGGAUGGUUUUUGAUUGAAUGAGUAUCAUUCAUCACCAUUAUUAUUUUAUUUUAUCUACGGGGCUUAAACAGAUUAGGACAAAACUACUAAAAAUGGUAAAAUGUACUUAGCUCUAGGCCAGAAAGCAGUUUUGUGUCAUGAACUGCUACUUAUAUCCUUCUUGGAAGGAAAUGCACACAGUGAGAAGUGACAAACUCUUCCCCAAAGAUUUUGCAUCGGAUGCCAUAUUGAAGUCAAAUUUGAGUCGGAGAUUAAAUGGUGUUGGUUGCCUACAUUGUCUUGAUUCAUCAACAUCAAGUGCCUUACCCAGAAGCACUAGAGGCUAAAUGAUUACAGUUAGUCAAAGAGAGAGAUGGUCGGACUAUACUGUACAUGGGGACAUUUUAUAGCUGGUGGCAUUUUUUGACAUGCACUUCUGAAUCAGGUUGUAUUAGAGAAAAUAUAGACCAUUGAUGUUUGGCUGAUUUGAAGCAAAUGCCAAUUUGUGAGGGCUGUUAGAGUUGCCAUGUCUGUUGGGAUUUUCCUUUCCAAAGGAGUGAGGAAGGAUUUUAUGUUUAAGUGAUGACCAAAGUUGUGUGUUAUUGAUGGAUAUUAUUACACGCCACAUGAUGUUUUAUUAGGUACAGCCAUAGAUUCAAGCAUUGUCAGCUGACUAAGAGAGAUUCUCAUGUCACACUGGAUGCUUAUAAAUCAUCCAUCAAUAGACUUCAAAAAGUCUCUUUUUGUGCAUAAGCAAUGCUGUUCAAUUGCAGUGGUCACGAAUUAGCAAUGCUCUCGCUCUCUCUCUCUCUCCCCCCUCCCUUUUUGUGACUGUUGUAAUUGCUUUUAAGUAUGCAGUAUAAUUUUGUCCUUUGUACUGCAGAUUUGCUGUAGUUUUAAUGCAUAUUGCACUUUGUACAUUUUGUUGAAACGAUGUACUGUAUGUGUAUAUUAUGGAAAUAAACUUUUAC